AUUCUCUAUGGGCUAUACCAGAGAUACUUCUCUGGCUAAAUAAAGACACUUCCUGUAACCGUACAAUAAAGCUUUGUUCACAGGUUUUUUCUGCCGUAUAUUUUUCGAAAAAAGGCUUCGCUACAACAUUAGCAACGGAUGACAAUGUUUCCAGAAGUAAAUAUAUAGUUUAUAGGAGCAUAUUAUCCGUUAUGUUUUGAGAUAAUAAUGGAAUUAUCUAGCUAGCCACCUUAGCAUACCAAUUCUAGACAACCGGGAUUAUUACUCAUCCUAGUUAAAAGGCUUAGCUAUAUUAUAACAGUAUAUAAUAUUGGAACCUUAAUUUAAAAGGAUGUCAGUGGAACUCGAUGUCUUUGUGGGUAACACCACCAUUAUGGAUGAGGAAGUCUAUCAGUUCUGGCUGGAUGGCUAUACAGUGAACGAUGCGGUGAAGGUUCGUAUGGAGGGAGGGGUAUUGGAGGAGUGUGAGGCCAGUGCUGAGGUUCUGCGCAGUGACACAAUGGACCAGUACAGAACCUUCCAGAUGUGUGAGCGCCUCCUGCACAGCCCCGCCAAACUGGCCAAUCAGCUGCUGUUCCAGAUCCCACCCCAUCGCCAGGCCAUGCUCAUAGAGAGGUACUAUAUGUUCGAUGGCGUGUUUGUACGAGAGGUCCUUGGGAAGAAACUCUCGAAGGGGACCAAGAAGGACCUGGAUGAUGUCAGUGCAAAGACUGGUGUCACACUGAAGAGCUGCAGGAGGCAGUUUGAUAACUUCAAGCGUGUAUUCAAAGUUGUGGAGGAACUGAAGGGACCCCUGGUGGAGAACAUUCGUAAGCACUUCCUUCUCUCUGACAAGCUGGGCAGGGAUUACGCUGCCAUUGUUUUCUUUGCCAACAAUCGCUUUGAGACGGGGAAGAAGAAGCUGCAUUAUCUUACUUUCCAGGACUUUGCCUUCUGUGCAGGGGAGCUCAUCAGCAACUGGACCGUGGGAGCAUUGGAUAACAUGGUGGAAGACAUGGACGUGGAUCUUGAGAAGGAGUUCUUACAAGAUCUAAAAGAACUGAAGAUUUUAAUCACUGACAAGGAUCUGCUGGACCAGCACAAGAGUUUGGUGUGCACGGCUCUCCGGGGGAAGACCAAAGCAUUUAAUGAGAUGGAAGCCAACUUCAAGAAUCUCUCAAGAGGCCUUGUCAACAUUGCUGCAAAAUUAACCAACACAAAAGACGUCAGAGAUUUCUUUAUUGAUCUGGUGGAAAAGUUUAUUGAGCCGUGUCGGUCAGACAAAUGGACAGCAGGAGACAUGAGGCUCUACCUCACUCACUACACUAACUCUGCUCACAUACUAGACACAUUCAAACACCAGGUAGCGUGGGACAGGUAUAUGGGAGUGAUCAAAAGCUGCCUCCUCCAAAUGUACCAUGACUGAGACGUUGCCUCGCUCAACCAUCUACUCUCAACUUCCUCUUUAUAUCUGAGUCACGUCGUCUUUUUUCUUCUUCUCUGCAAUCGUCAUAUAAAUCCUCCGCUCCAUCUGUCAGAUGUUUUCCUCCUCCAACGCCAGUGCCCACAUUUCUCCUUUCUUCAUGUCUUUGUUUUAUUUAUCUUCCAGCUCUCCCUUUUCCGUCCUCUCUUUCUCUCACUCCUGUCUGUUCUGACACCCUACUCUGCAAUGUCAUCAUGCAUAUCGUAUCAUUUGUAUUGUGUACUGAACAGAAAUAUAAACGCAACAUCUAAA